AUGGAGAGCAUAAGUAACAUAACAUUUUCAACUUUCUUGCUGACUGGCAUUCCUGGCCUAGAGUCUGUCCAUGCCUGGAUCUCCAUUCCUUUCUGUUGUCUUUAUGCCAUCGCUGUCUCUGGGAACAGCAUGAUCCUCUUUGUCAUCAUUGUUCAACAGAGUCUCCAUGAGCCUAUGUACUACUUCCUCUCCAUGUUGUCAACCAUGGAUUUGGGCUUAACAGUUUCUACAAUGUCAACAACAUUAGCUAUACUAUGGUUUAAUGCAAGGGAAAUCAGUCUUGAUUCCUGUAUUACUCAAAUGUUUUUCCUUCAUGGAUUUACUGCAAUGGAAUCUGGAGUACUGGUUGCUAUGGCCUUUGACCGCUAUGUGGCUAUAUGUAACCCUCUGAGGUAUACUAUAAUUCUCACCAAUUCCAGAAUCAUUCAGUUGUGUCUAAUAAUUAUAAUACGCACUGUCUUUUUAAUUGGAACAGUACUGGUGCUACUGAAGCCCCUUUCUUUUUGUAGAACAAAUGUUCUUAUCCACUCCUACUGUUAUCACCCAGAUGUGCUUAAAUUAUCAUGUUCAGAUACUAGGACCAAUAGUAUCUUUGGGUUAUUUGGACUUGCCCUGACAACAGGGAUAGAUAUACCAAGUAUUAUUGCCUCUUAUAUUUUGAUCAUCCGCUCUGUUCUCAGUAUUGCUUCUCCUGAAGAACGACACAAGGCCUUUAGCACCUGUGUCUCCCACAUUGGAGCAGUUGCUAUUUUCUACAUCCCCUUGAUGAGUUUGUCAUUGGUACAUCGGUAUAGUCAUUCAGCACCCAAAGUAGUUCAUUCAAUGAUGGCCAAUAUAUACCUUAUUUUGCCUCCAGUGCUCAACCCUAUUAUAUAUAGUGUAAAAACUAAACAGAUUCGCAAAGCUAUUCUCCGUCUUCUUCUUACAAAUAAGCAAAAAUAA